AUGGGCUCCGUACCUUGGACACAGGGACUCGUGUCCCUGUCCCCUCCUUCUACUACGAUCGGGCUAGCCCGCGCGAAGCCUAGUGCAACGGAGCCCGAGAUGGAAUUCGGGCUUUAUCUGGCUGCACUCGCCACGCCUGCCCACGCGGCCUUGCUGCCCUUUGCGCCACAUUGCGUCCUGGAAGCCGCCGGAUUGCUUGGCGCCAUGGAGAGUGGCUCUCCCAAGGCCCCCGCCCCCCUGUGA